AUGUCCUUCGAGGGCGCCCGGCUGAGCAUGCGCAGCCGCCGGAAUGGGACCAUGGACAGCACCCGCACCCUCUACUCCAGCACCUCCAGGAGCACCGACGUGUCCUACAGCGAGAGCGACUUGGUGAAUUUCAUUCAAGCAAACUUUAAGAAACGAGAAUGUGUCUUCUUCACCAAAGAUUCCAAGGCCACGGAAAACGUGUGCAAAUGUGGCUACGCACAGAGCCAGCACAUCGAGGGCACCCAGGUCAACCUCAGCGAGAAGUGGAACUACAAGAAGCACACCAAGGAGUUCCCCACCGACGCCUUCGGGGACAUCCAGUUUGAGAGCCUGGGAAAGAAAGGGAAGUACAUCCGCCUGUCCUGCGACACGGACGCCGAGACGCUGUACGAGCUGCUGACCCAACACUGGCACCUGAAGACGCCCAACCUGGUCAUCUCCGUGACCGGCGGCGCCAAGAACUUCUCGCUGAAACCGCGCAUGCGCAAGAUCUUCAGCCGCCUCAUCUACAUCGCCCAGUCCAAAGGCGCAUGGAUCCUCACAGGCGGGACCCACUACGGCCUGAUGAAGAACAUCGGGGAGGUGGUGCGUGACAACACCAUCAGCCGGAGCUCCGAGGAGAACAUCGUGGCCAUCGGCAUCGCGGCCUGGGGCAUGGUCUCCAACAGGGAGAGCCUCAUCCGGAGCUCUGACGACCAGGGCUAUUUUUCAGCACAGUACAUGAUGGAUGACUUUAAGCGAGACCCCCUGUACAUCCUGGACAACAACCACACCCACCUGCUGCUCGUGGACAACGGCUGCCACGGACACCCCACGGUGGAAGCCAAGCUCCGGAACCAGCUGGAGAAGUACAUUUCUGAGCGCACUAUCCAAGAAUCCAACUACGGAGGCAAGAUCCCCAUCGUGUGUUUCGCCCAAGGAGGUGGCAAAGAGACUUUGAAAGCCAUUCACACCUCCAUCAAGAGCAAAAUUCCCUGCGUGGUGGUGGAAGGUUCUGGCCAGGUGGCAGACGUGAUCGCCAGCCUGGUGGAGAUGGAGGACGUCCUGACCUCGUCCAUCGUCAAGGAGAAGCUGGUGCGUUUCCUGCCCCGCACAGUGGCCCGGCAGCCCGAGGAGGAGACGGAGAGUUGGAUCAAAUGGCUCAAAGAGAUUCUGGAGAGUGCUCACCUGUUAACAGUUAUUAAAAUGGAGGAAGCCGGGGACGAAAUUGUGAGCAACGCCAUUUCCUACGCGCUGUACAAAGCCUUUAGCACCAACGAGCAGGACAAGGACAACUGGAAUGGGCAGCUCAAGCUGCUGCUGGAGUGGAACCAGCUGGACCUGGCCAACGACGAGAUCUUCACCAACGAGCGCCGCUGGGAGUCGGCCGAUCUGCAGGAGGUCAUGUUCAUGGCGCUUAUCAAGGACAGGCCCAAGUUCGUCCGCCUCUUCCUAGAGAACGGCCUGAAUCUGCGCAAGUUCCUCACCAACGACGUCCUCACCGAGCUCUUCUCCAACCACUUCAGUGCCCUGGUGUACCGCAACCUGCAGAUCGCCAAGAACUCCUACAACGACGCCCUCCUCACCUUCGUCUGGAAGCUGGUGGCCAACUUCCGCAGAGGCUUCCGGAAGGAAGACCGGAGCAGCCGGGAGGACCUGGACAUCGAAUUCCAUGACGUGUCCCCCAUCACGCGGCACCCGCUGCAGGCCCUCUUCAUCUGGGCCAUCCUGCAGAACAAGAAGGAGCUGUCCAAGGUCAUCUGGGAGCAGACCAGGGGCUGCACGCUGGCCGCCCUGGGGGCCAGCAAGCUGCUGAAGACUCUGGCCAAGGUCAAGAAUGACAUCAAUGCUGCCGGCGAGUCGGAGGAACUGGCCAAUGAGUACGAGACGCGUGCGGUUGAGUUGUUCACCGAGUGCUACAGCAACGACGAGGACCUGGCGGAGCAGCUGCUGGUGUACUCCUGCGAGGCCUGGGGCGGGAGCAACUGCCUGGAGCUGGCGGUGGAGGCCACCGACCAGCACUUCAUCGCCCAGCCGGGGGUCCAGAACUUCCUCUCCAAGCAGUGGUACGGCGAGAUUUCCCGGGACACCAAGAACUGGAAGAUCAUUCUGUGUCUGUUCAUCAUCCCCCUGGUCGGCUGUGGCUUUGUCUCAUUUAGAAAGAAGCCCGUGGACCAGCACAAGAAGCUGCUGUGGUACUACGUGGCCUUCUUCACGUCGCCCUUCGUGGUCUUCUCGUGGAACGUGGUCUUCUACAUCGCCUUCCUGCUGCUCUUCGCCUACGUGCUGCUCAUGGACUUCCACGCCGCGCCGCACCCGCCCGAGCUCGUGCUCUACGUGCUGGUCUUCGUCCUGUUCUGCGACGAAGUGAGACAGUGGUACAUGAAUGGUGUGAAUUACUUCACCGACCUAUGGAACGUCAUGGACACGCUGGGCCUGUUCUACUUCAUUGCUGGCAUUGUCUUCCGCCUUCACCCCUCCGACAAGACCUCGCUGUACUCAGGCCGCGUCAUCUUCUGCCUGGAUUACAUCAUCUUCACCCUCCGCCUCAUCCACAUCUUCACGGUCAGCCGGAACCUGGGGCCCAAGAUCAUCAUGCUGCAGCGGAUGCUGAUCGAUGUCUUCUUCUUCCUGUUCCUCUUCGCCGUGUGGAUGGUGGCCUUCGGCGUGGCCCGCCAGGGCAUCCUGCGCCAGAACGAGCAGCGUUGGCGCUGGAUCUUCCGCUCCGUCAUCUACGAGCCCUACCUGGCCAUGUUCGGCCAGGUGCCCAGCGACGUGGACAGUACCACGUACGACUUUUCCCACUGCACCUUCACCGGGAACGAGUCCAAGCCGCUGUGUGUGGAGCUGGACGAGCACAACCUGCCCCGCUUCCCCGAGUGGAUCACCAUCCCCCUGGUCUGCAUCUACAUGCUGUCCACCAACAUCCUGCUGGUCAACCUGCUGGUCGCCAUGUUUGGCUACACGGUGGGCAUCGUGCAGGAGAACAACGACCAGGUGUGGAAGUUCCAGCGCUACUUCCUGGUGCAGGAGUACUGCAACCGCCUCAACAUCCCCUUCCCCUUCGUGGUCUUCGCCUACUUCUACAUGGUGGUCAAGAAGUGCUUCGACUGCUGCUGCCAGAGGCGGGACGCCGAGUCCUCGGCCUGCUGUUUCAGAAAUGAAGACAAGGAGACCCUGGCAUGGGAGGGCGUCAUGAAGGAGAAUUACCUUGUCAAGAUUAACACGAAGGCCAACGACACUUCAGAGGAGAUGCGGCAUCGAUUUAGACAGCUGGAUACCAAGCUUAAUGAUCUCAAGGGGCUUCUGAAAGAGAUUGCUAGCAAAAUAAAAUAA